AAGAGACAGUUUGCGACGGUCUCCUCCACCACUCCUCCAAUACCCCAGACCGUGAUUGAGAAGGUCGUUCAAAAAUAUGCUGUCGGCCUCCCAGAGGGAAAGGUCGUCAAGGCAGGCGACUAUGUUAUGAUUCGACCAGAGCAUGUCAUGACUCAUGACAACACAGGACCUGUGAUAUCCAAGUUCAACUCCAUUGGUGCCAGCCGAAUUAACAAUCCAAGACAACUAGUCUUUACUCUGGAUCAUGACGUUCAGAACAAGUCGACCAAGAACCUUGCGAAAUACUAUAACAUCGAGACCUUUGCCCGCAAGCACUCUGUCGACUUCUUCCCCGCAGGACGCGGUAUCGGUCACCAGAUUCUCGUCGAGGAAGGCUAUGCCUUUCCCUAUACCAUGACUGUGGCGUCAGAUAGCCACAGUAACAUGUAUGGAGGCGUAGGCUGCGUCGGAACACCUAUCGUCAGGACGGAUGCUGCUGCUAUCUGGGCCACCGGAAAAACCUGGUGGCAAGUUCCACGCAUGAUCAAGGUCGAGCUUCGAGGGCAUCUCGCUCCAGGAGUCACUGGAAAGGAUGUCAUUGUCGCACUCUGUGGUUCAUUCAACCAGGACGAAGUGCUCAACGCGGCCCUCGAGUUCACAGGCGACGGUAUCGCUGCUCUCUCUGUCGAUGACAGGCUAGCGAUUUCGAACAUGACUACGGAGUGGGGUGCCCUUGUCGGCCAUUUCCCUGUCGAUGAUACGCUGUUGGAAUGGUAUGAAGGCGUACUCAAGCGGUUAGAGCUCCGGACAUUUGCAUCAGCAACGGACUCUUCUAUCCCACCACCACCAGAGCACCCUCGUAUCAACCGCCAAAGAUUGGACUCUGUGCGUGCCAACCGCCUGGCUUCAGAUCCUGGAGCCGAGUAUGCUUCGCAUCUCGUUCUGGACCUUGCCACACUCGUGCCACACGUUUCCGGACCCAACUCCGUCAAAAUCUCCACCCCUCUCCCCGAGCUCGAAGCCUCGCAUGUCCCAAUCCAAAAGGCUUAUCUCGUGAGUUGCACCAACUCACGCGUUUCGGACAUCGCUGCCGCCGCAGCUGUCGUCCGUGGCCACAAAAUUGCACCCGGAGUGGAAUUCUACAUCGCCGCCGCCAGUUCCGCUGUACAACAAGAGAGCGAGCGCCUGGGUGACUGGGAUGCUCUCGUUCAGAGCGGCGCAAAGACCCUUCCCGCUGGAUGCGGCCCUUGCAUCGGUCUCGGCGUCGGUCUGCUCGAGGAGGGGCAGACUGGUAUCAGUGCGACGAACCGAAAUUACAAGGGUCGCAUGGGCCACCCCAAUGCUCAAGCAUAUCUCGCUAGUCCUGCUGUGGUCGCCGCCAGCGCCAUAAAGGGAUAUAUCUGCAGUCCUGACUCGCUUGACCCCGCCGCACUCCCUCCCACGAAGGCCCCUACCUUCUUUGCUAACACUCCUGAUGCGGCGGCAGCAUCGAAAACUGCGGCAGCCGCUAACGAGCCUAUACUCCCCGAGUUUCCUACAUCGUUCAGUGGGCCCCUCCUUUUCACUCCCCAAGACAAUCUUAACACGGACGGCAUCUACCCCGGGAAAUACACCUAUCAGGACGAUAUAACUCUCGAGCGUCAGGCCCAAGUCGUCAUGGAGAACUACGAUCCAACUUUCGCGUCCCUCGUCGCAUCCAUCCGAGAGAAGCAAGCACCGACCGCAUCGCCCUCCAACUCAGGGGCCAAGCAGGGUAUCAUACUCGUAGCAGGCUACAACCUCGGCACUGGAUCUUCUCGCGAACAAGCUGCUACAGCGCUCAAAGCAGCUGGUAUACCCCUCGUGAUCGCAGGUUCCUUCGGCGAUAUUUUCAAACGCAACUCGAUCAACAACGGUCUCGUCUGCAUCGAGUCUCCGGAGCUCAUCGCUGACCUCACCAAUGCUUAUGCUAAGGAUGGGAAGAGGGGAGCUGGUGGCAAAGACGGAGAGUUGACCGUGAACAAGGGACUGGAGAUCUCGGUCAGCAUGAAGGAUGGGACAGUCGUGGUGAAGGGUCUGGAGGGUGGUGAGAAGAACUAUAUCAUCAAGCCGGUUGGACCUAGCGUGCAGGAGUUGUGGAUCUGUGGAGGGUUGGAGGGAUAUAUCCUCAAAUCCAUACAGGCCGAUUCGCCAGCGGCGUCCCCAUGAGGACUCACAUCUAUUCUUUAUUCUGGGAACCUUCGAUGUAGGACCACACGACUUCUCGUACUAUGUAUCAAUAGCUUAUAAUAUUUGCCCAAGAAUGUCGUGUGCGGCUGCCCUAAUAAC